AUGUGUCUUCUUCCUGAUAAAUCUAUAUUUUGUUAUGGCAAUUAUCCUGGAGAAGGAACAGCAUUUAUAUUGUAUCCAAAUAGCACUGUUAAACAGCUUUCAGAUGGAGAUCCGUCAGGAGGUAUGGAUGCUGUGCAUCAUGAUGGCUUUAUUUACUUAUUUGGAGGAUGAAAUGCUGCAGGUAAUUUAUCGAAUCAAGCAGCAAAAUAUGAAUUAUCAGCUGAUAAGUGGUAUAAAAUUCGCCCUCUGAAGGAAAAUCUAAGUCCCGUUUCAUGUAUUGCAGGCAAUUAUGGAAUCGCAUUUGUUGGGUAUCAAAGUAGCGAACUAUAUUCAUAUAAUCAUAAACAAGAUAUUUAUAAUGAAAUCUAUCGCAACUUUGCAGCUAAUACUUAUAAACUUUUGCUUCAGGCAGAAAAUCGAAUAUUUUUAAUCGAGUCCGAAAAAAAUAUAUAUGAAAGUGAGCCAAAUCAACUAAGCAAUUGGAAAACUAUAGGAUCAUCGAAGAUUAGUUAUGGUUACAGAGUAGCAUACCAAGUUUAUUUCAAUCAAAGUUGCUAUUUCAUGGACUGGGAAUAUAAAAUAUAUAAAUUUAAUAUGAAGAGCUUACAAUUAAUGAUGACUCAGGUAUAG